GGUGAGAGGGGCCAAGCGGGGUGGCCGGUCCUUCAGGGCCGUGAGCACGGGGAGCCAGUGCUUCGCAGAGGACAGCUCCAAGCCUGCCAGGUGUUGCCCUGUGCGGAAGCGUCCACACGUAACACCCAGCAAGUGGACCCCAGCGCAGCUCUUGACGCAUUCUCUUGCUGUUGGUUGCACCCAUCGUCUUCUGGGAGGGAAAUUAGCGACAGCCUUUCUCCUGCAGUUCAGGAGGUCUCCACCAUUCCUAGCGGCGGGCACUGCAGUCGCGAGGAGCCCAUUUACUGCUACACGCCGCACAACUUCACUCGCGACCAGGCGCUGUACGCUCGCGGCUACUGCUGGACGGAGCUGCGGGACGCGCUGCCCGGCGUGGACGCCAGCCUGUGGCCGUCGCUGUUUGAGCACAAGCUGCUGCCCUACUCGCUGCUGGCCUUCGCGGCCAUCAUGUACGUGCCCGCCCUGGGCUGGGAGUUCCUGGCCUCCACCCGCCUCACGUCCGAGCUCAACUUCCUGCUGCAGGAGAUCGACAACUGCUACCACCGCGCGGCGGAGGGCCGCGCCCCCAAGAUCGAAAAGCAGAUCCAGUCCAAGGGGCCCGGCAUCACGGAGCGCGAGAGGCGCGAGAUCAUCGAGAACGCCGAGAAGGAGAAGAGCCCCGAGCAGAACCUGUUCGAGAAGUACCUGGAGCGCCGCGGCCGCAGCAACUUCCUGGCCAAGCUGUACCUGGCGCGGCACGUGCUCAUCCUGUUGCUCAGCGCGGCGCCCAUCUCCUACCUGUGCACCUACUACGCCACGCAGAAGCAGAACGAGUUCACGUGCGCGCUCGGCGCGUCCCCGGACGGGCCGGCGGGCGGGGCCGCGGCCGUGCGCGUCAGCUGCAAGCUGCCGUCGGUGCAGCUGCAGCGCAUCGUGGCGGGCGUGGACAUCGUGCUGCUGUGCGCCGUGAACCUCAUCAUCCUCGUCAACCUCACGCACCUCUUCAUCUUCCGCAAGAGCAACUUCAUCUUCGACAAGCUGCACAAGGUGGGCAUCAAGACGCGCCGGCAGUGGCGCCGCUCCCAGUUCUGCGACAUCAACAUCCUGGCCAUGUUCUGCAACGAGAACCGCGACCACAUCAAGUCGCUCAACCGCCUGGACUUCAUCACCAACGAGAGCGACCUCAUGUACGACAACGUGGUGCGGCAGCUGCUGGCCGCGCUGGCGCAGUCCAACCACGACGCCACGCCCACCGUGCGCGACGCGGGCGUGCAGACCGUGGACCCCAGCGCCAACCCCGCCGAGCCCGACGGCGCCGCCGACCCCGUCGUCAAGCGGCCGCGCAAGAAGAUGAAGUGGAUUCCCACCAGCAACGCGCUGCCGCAGCCCAAGGAGCCGCUCGCCAUCAUGCGCGUGGAGAACAGCAAGGCCGAGAAGCCCAAGCCCGUGCGCCGCAAGACGGCCACGGACACGCUCAUCGCGCCGCUGCUGGACGCGGGCGCGCGCGCCGCGCACCACUACAAGGGCGGCGGGGGCGACGCGGGGCCCGCUCCCGACAAGAAGCAUGCGCGCCACUUUUCCCUGGACGUGCACCCCUACAUCCUGGGCACCAAGAAGGCCAAGCCCGAGGUCGUGCCCGCCACCACCCUGCCCGCCUCCCGGAGCCAGGAAGGGGGUUUCCUGUCCCAGGCAGAGGAGUGCGCGCUCGGCUUGGCCACAGCACCCACCAAAGGUGCUCCACUCCCCGAGAAGGAGAUCCUGUACCCAGCAGAGCCGGCCCGGCCCGCGCUUCCUCCCGGGGGCCCGUUUCACGUCUGCUCGCCCCCGGCAGCCCCCGCCACCGCCCCUCUGUCGCCAGCCAGCCUGGGCAAAGCCGACCCCCUCGCAAUCCUGAGCCGCAACGCCACGCACCCACUCCUGCACAUCAGCACGCUGUAUGAAGCCCGGGAAGAGGAGGACGGCGGUCCCCGGGCCCCCCCGGAUGUGGGCGGCCUCAUCGCCAUCCCACCCCCCCAGCAGAUCCUCAUCGCCACCUUCGACGAGCCGAGGACGGUAGUGAGUACCGUGGAGUUCUGAGGAACAGGGCUGCCCGGGCCGUGACAGACCCCUCCGCGUGACCAAGGGGUGCCGCUGACCCCAGCCCCGCGUGGAUGUGGCCUCUGCUUUGCCCAGCACUGCCCGCGCCUCCUGGCCUCCUGUCCGCAUGCCACAGGGCUGAGCACCUUGCCCACCCGGCCCCCAAGACAGCAUCGAUGAGGUGCGGGCUGGGCCAGGAGCUGGCCUUGACCCCAGCGGAGCCCCCAGCCAGAAAGGCCUGGAGCCGCCCCCCGUCCCUGUAUCAGGCACUCGGCUGUGAGGUGAAGAGUUUAUUUUUUUAGUCGAUUUUGUCUUGGGCCCAGGCUAAGUCAGAACAGCUUUGGCCCUGAGCCUGGAAGGAAGCUGGGGGUGAUCACACCACCAGGCCUGGCUGUGCCCAAGGGGCCGCGCUCAGGGCUCCCUCCCACAGUGGGAGGUGCCGGGGUCCACCCUCCGUCAGAAAACAUGCACUUUCUCCUUGUACCCGGCACCGCUGUACUUUAUCUGACUAUGAUUACCGUAACUACUGAGCGCACGUAGCAUCAGGAGACGACGCUGUGUGCGUGGGCACGUGAGCGAGAGGACGAGGGCACCAGUGUGCAAGCGGGCGUGUGUGAGUGCGCGAGCGGGCGAGCAGUGAGCAGCGCGGUGGAGGCGCCCACGUGAACGCAUGGGUGUGUGAUUGGGCACGGGGCUGAGACGGUGUGGACGCCGGCGUGCAAGGGAAGGAACCCAAUGCAAUAACCACGUCCCCCCACCCGGGCCACCAGGCCCCCACCCGAGGGCCCACGCUGCUUUCCGUGGGCACCCAGGGCUGGCGCUCGGAGGGUCUGUCCCUAUUACCUCAGCCACGGUGACAACGUGACAGUAUUAACAAGGUAGCACCGAGCAGAUCAAUAAAUACUA